AUGACGAAACAACUCGCUCCCGGUGCUCGACUGGAAGGGAAGGUUGCUAUUGUUACUGGAGCCGGAUCCGGUUUCGGCGCCGCCAUCGCGCAGCGCUUCGCCUCCGAAGGAGCCAAGGUCAUCGUGGCGGAUAUCAGUGUCGAAGGGGGCCAGAAGACGGCCGCCGCCGAUCCAGAAAAUAUUGUGUUCGAGCAGAUGGACGUGACCAAGGCAGCGGAUUGGAAGCGCAUUGUGGAGAAGGCGGUGUCGUUGUUUGGGAAAUUGGAUGUGUUGGUGAAUAAUGCGGGGACGACGUAUCGAAAUAAGCCGACGCUGGAAGUCACCGAAGACGAAUGGGAGCGCGUGUUCAAUGUGAAUGUCAAGGGAGUUUAUCUGGGCAGUCAGGCGUUCGUGGCUCGGGUGAUUGAGCAGGGCCAGGGCGGGUCGAUCAUUAAUAUCUCGUCGACGGGAGCGUCGAGACCUCGGCCUGGGUUGGUGUGGUAUAAUGCGUCCAAGGGGGCGGUUUCGAAUGCUACCAAGGGUCUGGCGGCUGAGUAUGGACCGCAUAAUAUCCGUGUCAAUUCGGUCGCUCCUCUUCUCUCGGCUACGCCGUUGUUCUCCGUGUUCACGGGAAUGGAAAAUACGCCGGAGAACUGGGAGAAGUUCAUUGGAAAUGUGCCGUUGGGCCGUCUCUCGGAGGGGAGUGACAUUGCGAACAUUUGUCUGUAUCUGGCCAGUGAUGAGGGUCGGUUUAUCAACGGGACGGAGAUGGUCAUUGAUGGUGGAAAGUGUAUCUGA